AUGCAAGCUUCGGAUGCACCAAGCAUCCCCAACAAUUCUCGUCUGAUCCCUCAUAAAUACGACACGGGAUUUUCGCACGGCGCCUAUAACUCGAACAACCCCAACUCCCUGAGAAACCGUCGCGCAAAUAUCCCUGCUAUAAAUACUGCCGCCGCCGGCCAGACCGCCGAUAUGUCCUCCGGUGCCGGCUUCGAUAUGAACUUUACUCCUCUCCUCCCUUCGCAGUUGCUGGUCGGCAGCCCCUUCCAGCCCGGAACCCCGUCGGCCUUUCACUCACCCCAGUUCGCCAACUUUGGUGGUUUCCCGCAAGCCAACGGCAAUGGACUCUCGCACAACUCCCAGAACCAGCUGGGCAGCCCGACACUGGGCAUGCACCACAACUCCGGCAUGUACCCCGGAAUGUUGUCGACCGACGGACUAGGCGCGUCUAUGCUGGGUGGUCCCCAGUCGCCCAUCCACGGACUGGGUGGCCUCGGAAGCGCGGCCCUGGGUAGCCCUGCGGCCUCGGUCACACCGGGAAUGCUGUCAGGAACCAGUCGCACGGUGUACUUGGGAAACAUCCCCGCUGAAACAAGCGCCGAGGAAAUCCUGAACCAUGUGCGGAGCGGUCAGAUCGAGUCGGUGCGCCUUCUACCCGAUAAGAACUGCGCCUUCAUCUCUUUCCUGGACAGCAGCUCCGCCACUCACUUCCACUCCGAUGCCAUCUUGAAGAAGCUGGCCAUCAAGGGGAACGACAUCAAGGUGGGCUGGGGUAAGCCUUCCCAGGUCCCAACAUCCGUGGCCCUGGCGGUUCAGCAAUCGGGCGCGUCCCGCAAUGUCUACCUCGGAAAUCUGCCCGAGGAGACCGUGGAGGACAACCUGCGCGAGGAGUUGGGCAAGUUUGGACCCAUCGACACCGUCAAGAUCGUCAAGGAGAAGGCAAUUGGUUUUGUGCACUUCCUCUCGAUUAGCAACGCCAUGAAGGCCGUCACGCAGCUUCCCCAGGAACCCCAGUGGCAGGCACCGAAGCGCGUUUUCUACGGCAAGGACCGCUGCGCUUACGUUUCCAAGACUCAGCAGCAGAAUGCGGCCCAAUUCCUGGGUAUCGCACCCGGUUACGCACAUGUGCUCAACUCCGCCGAUCGCGACCUCAUUUCGAACGCCCUCGCUCAGCAGUCCGUUGCUGCGGCCGCCGUGGCCACGACUGCUGGUGGUGUCAACAACCUUGGCAACCGAACCAUUUAUCUUGGAAACAUUCACCCUGAAACCACUAUCGAGGAAAUCUGCAACGUUGUCCGUGGAGGUCUUUUGCAUCACAUUCGAUACAUCCCUGACAAGCACAUCUGCUUUGUCACCUUCAUCGACCCUACAUCGGCUGCUUCUUUCUACGCCCUGAGCAAUCUCCAGGGUCUGAUGAUCCACAACCGACGCUUGAAGAUUGGCUGGGGUAAGCACUCCGGCCCUCUUCCCCCCGCUAUCGCGCUGGCUGUCAGCGGUGGCGCCUCUCGCAACGUCUACAUUGGUAAUCUGGAUGAGGCCUGGACUGAGGAGCGCCUCCGCCAGGACUUCUCUGAGUACGGUGAGAUUGAGUUGGUCAACACUCUGCGCGAGAAGAGCUGCGCGUUCGUCAACUUCACCAACAUCGCCAAUGCCAUCAAGGCGAUCGAGGGUAUGCGCAACCGGGAGGAAUACCGCCGGUUCAAGAUCAAUUUCGGCAAGGACCGCUGCGGAAACCCGCCGCGCCAGGCCGGCAACCAGGGUGGAAACCAACAGCAGAACCGCAACGGCGCCGGCAUGGAUGGCCCUCAGUCGCCUUCGCCUGCCUUGAACGGAUUCCAGCAGAACCUUAGCCAGUCCGGUUCCCAGUCGAGCCCGACUCGCCCCGCCCUCUCGCCCGCGCCGGGCUCCACUGGCUCCCAGAACGGCCAGCAGCACCGCCAUCCGCUGCAUAACGUUUCGUCUCCUUCGGGAGCACUGAACGUGGGCUCAAACAACCCGCUGACCAUGUACCUCAACCAGAUUUCUGCUCAGCAAGCGCAGGAUCAGGAGAACCAACUCGGCGACCCCAUGGCCCUGGCUGGUUUGCAAGCCCAGUCCCAGGCCCCGCAGCAGCAGCCUCUGUACAACACCAGCAACGGCGAGUUUUCUAACGGAAGCAUGAACGCGCCGAUGCACUCACACAAAUCCUCCGCCAAUGGCUACCUAAGCGUAGGCAGCGGCUCCGGUCCUGGCCACCACUCCACCGCCAGCACCAGCAGCCUGAGUGUGCCUCGUGCCCAGCAUUCCCGAGCUGUCAGUCUGCCCUCCUUCUCCCAAGAGCCCUUCGGACCGGUCGCCGGCCAGUCCAGCCACAUCCGCACCGGUGCGGCACACCACCCCCAGAGCAGCUUCUCCAGCUUCUCGUCCGGCCUGGGUGGACUGAACCACUCAGGCUUCGGCUUGGCCAUCCAAAACGAAAGCUCCCUGCCUGGUUGGGCUGAAGAGGAGAUUGGUGCCAAAUAA